GCUGCCGGUCUGCCUAAAGUGCAGAUGGACAGGAGACGCCUCUCGCACUAUGCCGUGGGGGGGAUGGAGUGUGCUAGUCUAUUCGUCCGUUGUUCAACUCGGGGGAUCCACAUGCACCAGCCACUUUCGCUUCGCUCUAAAUGAAUUGUCCUCCAGUCAGUGUCUGGAGCGCAUGUCACAUACCACUUGGCGGUACGGGCCCUGUCCCCAGAUUGUUGCUGCGCGCCGCAUCUUGCUUCCAACUCUUGGCUCAAACACGCGAUUGCAUCAUAGCGAUUGCUAGAUCAACUCGCCGGCGAUCUUCCC